CCCCACUUUCUCUACUACCUUCUUUUGCAGCUGCUGGGUAGUAGUAGCGCUAGCUGAAGAAAUAAUGUCCAGGUUUUUUUUUUCAUAGACUGCCUCUGAUAGGAAAAUGCUUAGUAAUGGCACAGGCACGCCCUCCAACUCAGUGGCCAUUUUGUACUGUAGUUCUUAUGGAGAAACAAGUGGGAAUCAGCAAAGAAAGAAGUGUAUGGAUCAAAAAAGAAUAUGGGCAAGAAGCAAAACAUUUUUCAUCUAGACGAACCGGAAAAAUUACAGCCAUGCUGUCUAAUUCUCCACUUUACCAGUACUUACAAGAUCUAGGACACACAGACUUUGAAGUAUGUUCUUCUUUGUCACCAAAAAAAGAAAAAUGCACAACAGAUGGACAACAAAAACCUACAAGAGUUCCUCCAAAACAAGGCAUCCUGUUAAAAGUAAUAGAAACUAUCAAAAAUUGGAUUUUUUUUUCUCAGCACAGUAAGACAGAUGACUUACUUCACAAGUUGGAUAUUGGAUUCCGACUCGACUCACUACAUACCAUCCUGCAACAGGAAGUCCUGUUACAAGAGGAUGUGGAGCUGAUUGAGCUACUUGAUCCCAGUAUCCUGUCUGCAGGGCAGCCUCAACAACAGGAAAAUGGACACCUUCCAACAUUUUGCUCCCUGGCAACCCCUAAUAUUUGGGAUGUCUCAAUGCUAUUUGCCUUCAUUAGUUUGCUCAUUAUGCUUCCCAGUUGGUGGAUUAUAUCUUCCUGGCUGGUUUGGGGAAUAAUUCUAUUUGUUUAUCUGAUCAUUCGAGCCUUGAGAUUAUGGAGGACAGCCAAACUACAAGUGACCCUAAAAAAAUACAUUUUCCAUUUGGAAGAUAUGGCCACAAAUAGCCGGGCUUUCACUAACCUUGUGAGAAAAUCUUUACGUCUCAUUCAAGAAACUGAAGUCAUUUCCAGAGGAUUUACACUUUUGCUUGACAGGGUCAGUGCUGCUUGCUCAUUUAAUAAAGCUGGACAGCAUCCCAGUCAGCAUCUCAUCGGUCUUCGGAAAGCUGUCUACAGAACUGUCAGAGCCAACUUUCAAGCAGCAAGGCUAGCUACCCUAUAUAUGCUGAAAAACUACCCCCUGAACUCUGAGAGUGACAAUGUAACCAACUACAUCUGUGUGGUGCCUUUUAAGGAGCUGGGCCUUGGACUUAGUGAAGAGCAGAUUUCAGAAGAGGAAGCAGAUAAUCUUACAGAUGGUUUCAGUCUGCCUGCAUUGAAGGUUUUGUUCCAGCUCUGGGUGGCUCAGAGUUCAGAGUUCUUCAGACGGUUAGCCCUGUUACUUUCUACAGCCAACUCACCUCUGGGGCCUUUACUUGCUCCAGCACUUUUGCCUCAUCAUAUUUUAUCUGAUGUGACUCAAGGUCUACCUCAUGCUCAUUCUGCCUGUUUGGAAGAGCUCAAGCGCAGCUAUGAGUUCUAUCGGUACUUUGAAACUCAGCACCAGUCAGUUCCCCAGCGCUUAUCCAGAACUCAACAAAAGUCAAGAGAACUGAAUAAUGUCCACACAGCAGUGCGCAGCUUGCAGCUCCAUCUGAAAGCAUUACUGAAUGAGGUAAUAAUUCUUGAAGAUGAACUUGAGAAGCUUGUUUGUACUAAGGAAACACAAGAAUUAGUGUCAGAAGCUUAUCAAGUCCUAGAACAGAAAUUAAAGUUGAUUGAGCCCCAUGUUCAAGCAAGCAACAAUUGUUGGGAAGAGGCCAUUUCUCAGGUGGACAAAUUGCUACGAAGAAACACAGAUAAAAAAGGCAAGCCUGAAGUCGCAUGUGAAAACCCACAUUGUACUGUGGUACCUUUGACCCAGCCCACUCUGCACAUUGCAGAUAAAGAUCCAAUCCCUGAAGAACAGGAAUUAGAAGCUUAUGUAGAUGAUGUAGAUAUGGACAGUGAUUUCAGAAAAGAUGAUUUUUAUUACUUGUCUCAAGAAGACAAAGAGAGACAGAAGCGUGAGCAGGAAGAAUCCAAGAGGGUGCUCCAAGAGUUAAAGUCUGUGCUGGGAUUUAAAGCUUCGGAGGCGGAAAGGCAGAAAUGGAAACAGCUUCUAUUUAGUGAUCAUGCUGUAUUGAAAUCCUUGUCUCCUGUAGACCCAGUGGAACCCAUAAGUAUUUCAGAAUCAUCAGUGAAUUCAGAUAUGGGAAAAGUCAGUAACAAUGAUACUGAAGAGGAAAAUAAUAAACCCCCCAUAACUGACAAUGAAGUAAGUAGGACUGAGUAUUUCUGUGAAAACCCUCUAGAGGGUAAAAAUAAAGACACUUCUGCAAACGAACUCUUCCUCCAAGGAACCGAAGAAAGACUGUGUUACCAGAGUGAGACUGAAAAUGAAUCACAGCAGGCAGAUGGAGGUGGCCUGGUCACUGCUCCUACGACUGCCAGGGACUCUUUACAGCCCUCUAUUAAGCAGAGACUGGCACGGCUACAGCUGUCACCAGAUUUUACCUUCACUGCUGGCCUCGCCGCAGAAGUGGCUGCUAGAUCUUUCUCCUUUACCACCAUGCAGGAACAGACUUUUGGCGAUGACGAGGAAGAACAAAUAAUAGAAGGAAAUGCUGAUGAAGUAGAAGAAAAAUAAGAACCAAGAUUCUCAUGAAGUGGUUUUAGAUUGUUCCUUAUACGAAAGUGUUUUAGCUUCAAGACUGGAAAGGGAAAAUGAGUGUAAGUUUACUAUCUAUAAAGCUAAGAUGUGAAUUUACAGGAAGAACCCUGGUUCGAGGAACCAAUUUGAAAUUAGUAGUUACCUGUACAUGGCAGAUCUUUUAGGAAAAUAAGAGAAAGGUAAGGGCUGUUUUGAAUAAACUGCUAUUUUAUUUGUGGCACACUGAUCGAUCUUGGAAAUUCUUUAAGUACUUUUAAUAAGAAAUGAAUUUAUCAUUUCUUGCUAGAAUUUGCUACCCAUAAGGUGACUGGGAUAAUUUCAUUGCAAGAAAAUUGACAUUUGGUAAUACUCCUUUAUACUGUAUUCUUGCAGUUAACAACUGCAGCUAUUAUGUUAAUAACAAGUUGUUUGUAUUUUGUUUCUACCAGUCUUGAAGAUACAGGUUCUGAAUAAAAAAAAUUCAUACAAUUGAUGUGUGCUGGGGUUUGGAACUAAACUAAAAAUUAGUUUCAAAGGUACUGGGGUUUUGACUUAUGUUUCCUUGUUCAUUUGUGUAUUCAGGAGUUAAUUUUAAGAUGUCCUAAUCAUCCUCAAAAGAAAAAACAUCGUACCAUUUUAAAGAUUACCCUUCCAAUUUUUUCAUUCACCACUUCUUUGUUCUUGUUGCAACUAAGAGAUGAUGUUGAAGUGCUCUACAGGCCUCCCACCCCUACCCCAUCCCCAGCUGAGCAUAAAGUUCUUUGUGUCAGUUUAUUUACAGGUAAUUUGGUGCCAUUAAUACAAGCAAGUCACAGUGCUGCUGUUUUCUAGUCCUGUACACCUUACUAAGACUCGGGAAACGCCUUUCAGCUAACUGGAAAGCAUUCUUGUCUCCAUAACUUCAUUUAAAAAACUUCUUAAAGAGAUUGGUUUCCAAAUUGGCCAGUCUCGUCUGUUUUGUAUUAUGAUUACAUUUUCAAAGAGUGAUAUUUUCAGGGGUGUAUUCUGUGAGACCUGUGGCUCCUGUGCACUGACAUAGCUUAUAGACAAUAUAUGGAGGAGAUGUGGGAGUAACUCAAUUUGUCCUGCUGUCCUACAAAGGAAACUACCUGAUGAAUGAUCUAGAUUGUUUUCAGAGUUAAGAAACACAUCCAAAUUUCUGUAACUUAUUAUAAAAGUUUUUUAGUGAGUAAACUUAUUUUCACUGAAGAGGAUUUUUAUUUUCAGUAACCUAAGGAAAUUUAUUUUUUAAUCCUGAGGAAAAAAACUUGGUUCUGCUUUAUAUGAAUAGAAAGGAUUCUGUGUACUAUAGAUGAUUUUUGCUUUCAUCAAGUUUUUGUGACUUUAUCCAUAAUUAAGGAGCAACACCUUACUAUAGGCCUAGUUUUACUACUUAUAAGAAGCUAAAUCUCAAGAAAAAAAGUUUUGUUUUGUAAGUAUUAUAUUCCUAAAUAAUAAUACUUGAGUUUACAUUUUUUUUUUAACAGAUCCACGUUUGGAUUUUUUUUUUUAAAGAUUCAUUUAUUUUACUUGAAAGUCAGAGUUAUACAGAGCGAGAAGGAAAGGCAGAAAGGUUGGGGGGCAGAGAGAGAGAGAGGUCUUUCAUCUGCUGGUUCACUCCCCAAUUGGCUGCAACAGCCGGUGCUGUGUCCAUCCGAAGCCACGAGCCAGGAGCUUCUUCCAGGUCUCCCAUGCGAGUGCAGGGGCCCAAGAGCUUAAGCCAUCUUCUGCUUUCCCAGGCCAUAGCAGAGAGCUGGAUAGGAAGUGGAGCAGCCAGAACUCGAACCAGCACCCGUAUAGGAUGCCGGCACUGCAGGCAGCAGCUUUACCCACUAGACCACAGUGCCAGCCCUGUGUGUGUUUGUUUUAAGAUUUAUUUUAUUCAAAAGGCAGAGUUACAAAGAGAGGGAGAGACAGAUCUUCCAUCCACUAAUUCACUCCCCAAAUGGCCACAAUGGCCAGAGCUGGGCUGGUCCGAAGCCAGGAGCUUCAACCGGGUCUCCCAUAAGGGUACAGGGACCCAAGGCCAUCUGCUGCUUUCCCAGGAAAGGAAAAUUUCAAACAUUAGCAAGGAGCUGGAUUGGAAGUGGAGCAGCUGGGACUUGAACCAAUGCCCAUAAGGGAUGCAGGCAGCAGCUUUACCCUCUAUGCCACAGUGCCAGCCCAAAGUUUACACCUUUAUUUUAAAUUAUUUACUUAGUGUGCCAAUUCAGUAGAAGAAGCAGUUACAGAAAAAAUUGUUUUCUUUCCCUUAACCUGUAACCACACACAGGAAGAAUUAGUUUGAUCUUUUUAAGUUCAUGUAUUACACUUUGUUUUUAUUGUACCAGUUUGGGAGAAGUUUCUUCAUUCUAUUGCAUCAGUAUUAUUUAGUGCUCUCUGAUCCUUUUUAAUUUUGAAACACUAAAUAUUUUUAAUCCAGAAUUCUCAAUCUUCCAGACUGAUCUGUCCUAUCCACUAGUUGUCACUUACUUCUAUGAAAACUCUAUAAAAUGAUUGUUUAAAGAUCUUGAAACUUUAUCUGAAUGAUCCUUUUUUCUGUAGCUUUCAAAAUUUUAUAGUAUCUGUGAAAAUCCUAUGGCUAAUUUUCUCUUCUGAGAAAAACUGCAUCAGAAUAUAGCAGAGGUCUUAUUUAAGAAGGUGUUCUUGUUUGUUUUUUUCUUAGAAUAUUUAACUUUCUGUUAUGCUUUGGAAUACUUUUUCUAAUGGCCAUUCUACAUUCAGAAGCAACCCUUUAGGGAAAACAUUUUAGGAACAAAAUCUUCUAAUUGUGCUUUUGCAAUUUUACAGUAUUAUUUUUCACAAUACAGUCUUUUAGGAGUAGCAUCCUCACAGCUUUAAUAGGAGUAUUUCCAUAGUUUGGCCAGGACAAACGUGCCACUUACUGGAAGAAUGUGAGAAGUUAUUUAGAUCACUUUUGAAGGAGUUUUACCCUUGCCUAGAGGUGGGGAAGGCAGUAAAUGACCUGGUGCUAGUUAUCAUCCCUUAAAUCCUUUGUUUUCAGCCUUCACUAAAACUCUGUGUACUGCAUACCUAGGGCCUGCCCAGACCUUGCUUUGAUUUGCAAUUCUCUGCUUAGUUUCAAGAGCUGUGUGUACUAUCCAACUUUGCAAGUUACAUCCCCAUUCAGAUGAAUAUAUUUUAUUAAGAACUGAUGCACUGAGUCAAGUUUCAGUUCUUAAUUUAUUGGAGACAAUUAAGUCAGGAGAAACACUUUUAAGGCAAAUUACUAGUGAAAUUUAGAAAUACAGGUUUGAGGCUUUAAUACAAAAAAAAGGCUAUAUCCUUCAUUUAUUUUUUUAAGUUUUAUUUAUUUAUUGAGAGGCAAAGUUACAGACAGAGAGGGAGAGACAGAGGGGUCUUCCAUCCACUGAUUCACACUCCAAAUGGCUGUGUUAGCUGGAGCUGGGCUGAUCUGAAGCCAGGAGCGACAGGAGGUUCUUCCAAGUCUCCCACAUGGAUGCAGGGGCCCAAGCACCUUCACCAUCUUCCACUGCUUUUCCCAGGCCACUAACUGGUGCCUAUGUGGGAUGCCAGUGCCAGAGUUACAGAGAGAGAGGGAGAGGCAAAGAGAGAGAAAGGAAGAGUGUGAGAAAGAGAGAUCUUCCAUCUGCAGACUCUCUCCCCAAAUGGCUACAACAGGAACCAGGAGCUUCAUCCAUGUUUCCCACAUGAUGCAAGGGGCCCAAGCAUUUGGGCCAUCUUCUGCUUUCCCUGGCACAUUAAAUAGCAGGGAACUGAAUGGGAAGUGGAGCAGCCAAGACUUGAACCAGCACCCAUACGGAAUGCUGGCACUAAAGGCAGGAGCUUUACUAGCUAAGCCACAGUGCCAGCCCCCAACCCAUUAUGUCCUUCAUUUAAAAGCUUUGAGUGCAACUAUCCUAGUAACAUUUGAGAGAAUAUUUCCAGUAAAGCCCAAAUUCUCUGAACUACUAAUGUAUAUAUGUGAUUUCUUUUCAAAAAUACUUAAAAAGGAGAUUAAACUUCUGAGAUGGAAAAGCAAGAUCUGAUUAUAAAUGUUAAUAAAAGAGGUAAAAAUUUUUAAAGCUCAGUUUUUCUUUAAAAAAAGGCAGUAAUACACUGAUUCACAUAAUAAAAGUUGGAAAGCUUUUAAUGUCAAAGCAUGAAAACCAUCAACUUCAGUUUUGUUUUUGCAAACUGAUUUGUCAGUAGAGUAUUCAUCAGAAGAGAUGGUAGAAGUCAUUUUCCUCUAGUGACUCUUGUCUCUUCCCUUCAGUAAUGGAAAAUAUGAAAUAUUUUGAUAAAUCAUUAGAAGUCAUAUGGGAAGUCAAGUUCAAACUGAUUUAGUUUAAUCAUAGUACAUUGAUUCUAUACCCAAUCAAAGCAAGAAAAAAACUAAAUACUCACAAGACUGUUGUUUUGCUCAGGUAAGGUAGAUACCAUGCUUCCAGUGGCAACCAAACAAAGCCUAACAAUUGAUUUAUUUUCCCAAUUCUGUUUGUAAGAACAUAUCUAUAGUUUACACUUAUAAAAUGAAAAUGCAAAUACUUUAAAAGGGAAAAUAUAGAGAAAAAUGCUAAGUACUACAAUAAGAAUUCAUUUCUCUGUCACCAUUUAUGGGUAAUUAACUUGUAUAAGUUGAUUUUUCAGCUAUAAGGCAAAUGCAUUUAAUUAUUAAGUUUAACAGUUUAGUAACUAAAUUUGCUUUCUACUCUACUUUUCCUUGAGUAUAUAAAAUACAAUUUAACAUUUUGAUCUUUAAGAACAUCGUAGUUUUCAGGGAUGGUAAACAGAAAUCCACCCUCCAGGGCUACUGAGAUGUAUGUUACGUGCCCCUUUCCUACAUGACUUCAUAUUGGUGUGCUUUUCCCGUUAUGUCUGUUUUUCACAGUUUCUCUAUCUUGCUUCAUAAUCAGCUGUCACUUUUGCCGCUGUCUUGUGUGCCUGCAUCCUGCAGUAGGCCCCUAGUUUGCUGCUUCUAAUCUGCUGAGGACUGAGAAGCCAGAUUGCCAAGCUUGCUAGAAUUGUGUCUAAAAUAAGAGUAAGUAGAUCUAUGGAAGGAUAAGGGGCUUUUGUGUUGGUAAAGUGCAUGGACUUUGUGAGACCUGUUGGCUGCUUAGCAUUCUUUUGUCUCUUAAUCUUUACUAAGAACUUGCUAAAAAUACUUGGUUGAAUGUGUGACUGCCAUAUAUUUUAUUAAUUCAGUUUUUGUAUAUUGUUGUUUCUAAGACUCCACAUUAAUGAACUCAUUUAUACAAGAAAAUUUGACUUUCAUCUUUGUAUAAAUCAUUGUGUCUUUUAAGAAAAUGUUAAGAGCCGUCGCUGCGGCUCAAUAGGCUAAUCCUCCAGCUAACACCGGGUCCUAGUACCGGUCGGGGCGCCGGAUUCUGUCCCGGUUGCCCCUCUUCCAGGCCAGCUCUCUGCUGUGGCCAGGGAGUGCAGUGGAGGAUGGCCCAAGUCCUUGGGCCCUGCACCCCAUGGGAGAUCAAGAGAAGCACCUGGCUCCUGCCGGAUCAGCGCAGCGGCCAUUGGAGGGUGAACCAACAGCAAAAAGGAAGACCUUUCUCUCUCUCUCUCUCUCUCUCUCUCUCUCACUGUCCACUCUGCCUGUCAAAAAAAAAAAAAAAAAAAAAAGAAAGAAAAUGUUAAAUAUUUUCUUCUCAUUUACUUAGUACAGUAUACUGGUUUAAAAUAUACAGAUUAUAAAUUUGGCUUUAACUUUGUUUACCAAGACUUAUAUUAUAGAAUCAUUCAUAUUCAACACAUAUUCUAAACUAUCCUCUCUGAGAGGAAACAUGGCUAAUUUAGUAAGAACUGGCUAACUCGCAUAUUUGGGAAUCAAGUCAUUCUGGAUAUCUCAGUUUUCUAUAAAGCCUGAACUUCUUCUGGACUUCUUUCACCAUUUAAUUUUUUUGGAAUUUCUGAAGGAAAUCUUUAAAAUUUGUAAACAUAUGAAAUACAUUUGAUAUCCAAAUAAUCAUUACUGACAGUAGUUAUCAUAUGCUGAUAGAAUAAUAAGACACUAGGAACUAUUCAUGUACCAAAUGACUUCAUUCUGCUCUACUUGUGUUAGUUUUCAUGUCCUUAUUAUUUUUUUUUUUAGAAUUUAUAUAUUUAUUUGAUAGGCAGAGUUACAGACAGAGAGAGGGAAAGACAGAGAGAAAGGUCUGAUGUCCGCUGGUUCACUCCCCAAAUGGCCUCAAUGGCCUGGGUUGGGCUGCUGAGGCCAGGAGCCAGGAGCUUCCUAUAGGUCUCCCACGUGGGUACAGGGGCCCAAACACUUGGGGCAUCUUUCGCUGCUUUCCCAGGCCAUAGCAGAGAGCUGGAUCUGAAGAGGAGCAGCUGGGACACAAAUCGGUGCUCUUAUGGGAUACCAGCGCCACAGGCGGAGGCUUAGCCUGCUAUAUGCCACAGUGCUGGCACUAUGGCCUGAUUUUUUAAUAGUCUUUCUGAUUCCUCCAUUUGUAUUACUGCUUGCUUAAGUGUGCCUUUAGCAGAAGCCUUUCUCCGUCUUCAUAAUGUUCCUUCUGAUCUCCUUUGGUUUUAGAGACCAGAUGACUAAGCCAGUAAGAAUUUUGUAUAAAGGUACACAGACUCAGAAUGAGGACCUGAAGCAGAUUACAAUGAAGUCUAUGGAUAUGUGGCAUCUGUUACUCACUACUUGUGUCGUUACUGUCUUUUUUUAAAUAAAUAAAUAUUUAUUUAUUUAUUUUAAAGACAGUGACUAAGACAGAGAGAGGGAGAGACAGAGAGAUCUUCCAUCCUCUAGUUCACUCCCCAAGUGGCCACCAUGGACAGGGCUGGGCCAGGCCUCCAGCCAAAGCCAAGAUCCUGGAACUCCAUCUGGGUCUCCCAUGUGGGUACAGGGGCUCAAGUACUUGGGCCAGCCCCUGUUGUUUUCCCAGGUGCAUUAGCAGGAAGGUGGAUCAGAAGCAGAGCAGUUGGGACUCAAACUGGCACUCUGAUUUGGGAUGCUGACAUUAAGUGAUGGCCUGAUCCGAUACAUCACACUGCAGGCCUCCUACUGUCUUUCAAAUAAGUGAAGUUACUGGAUUAGAGACCUGCUUUCAAGUUAGAAGAGGUGCUCUUGUACAGAAGAAGCCAUUUUGUUUCCAUAUUUUACUUUCUCUAAACUAAGCUUUAUUCUGCAAUUCUUUGGCUGUGAUUGAAACCAGCCUGCUCAUACAGCGUUUUCUAUUUGGAUGGAUACCACAUUGUGUUAAGCAUGUAUUAGUCCUUUUGUUUGUUUGUUUGUUUUAGAGAAAUAGAUCUGCAUUUCCAAGAUACAUAGUAAACUCUGAAAAAUGAGGAAAUACUCAUUCUUAGAUCACAGAGAUCUGAAAAGUAAUAAAGUUUAUAAACUCUAGGCAAUAAUACCACAAAGAACUUAUUCUUUUAUUACAUUGCAUUUUUAAAGCAGCUUAUUUUUCUUCAACCAAAGGAAACUAUGUAUAUUAAAAAUUACUGAGUUAUCAGCAUUAGACCUAAUGAUCUUGAUAGAUAUUUGAAUGACUAAUUCCCAUUUUGAUUUUAUAUUUGCAUGUUCAAAUUAUUAUUUAAUUGUGAAGUAAUCAAAAAAGAUAACUUUUUCCUCUUGAAUAAUAAACAUGAAAUUUGCAUGUUAUAUUUACAAGUAAAAUUUAAGUCGAUCUAGAAGUGGAUUUCUUAGCAUCAGACUGCUUAGUUGUAUUUUUACCAACAUGUUGAUUGUAUUUUAAUAAUUACAUAUGGACUCAUGCAUCCAUCAUACACAGAAUAAUUGUAAAAUCAGCCAAUUAAUUGAUGACCAUGCCUCAGUCAGUUUUCAGUUAUCCAUGCUAGUGGGAAGGAGUUAUAACAAUCCUAAGAAAACAGAUGGUCCAAACCCGUUUCUUGAGUUGAGACUCUUAUCACAGAAGAAUCACAAUCUGAACAAAGGUUAGUGACAGAAGAAGAAAACUUCUCUUUGGCUGUAGUUUAGAGAAAAAUGAUUCUACUUAGUGUAAUUACUGUAAGCCAAGAGGAGGAUUCACACACCCACAAGUUUAACAUGAAUAAGGAAAAGUUUAUUUUUUAAUGAUGUAAUUAUUUAUUUUUGAAAUAUGCAAAGGAAGAGACAGAGAGAGCUUCCAUCUGCUGGUUCACUUCCCAGAUGGCCACAAUAACUGGGUCUGGGCCAGGCCAAAGCCAGGAGCCUGGAGCUCCAUCGUCUGGGUCUCCUACAUGAAUGGCAGGGAGGGGCCCAACCUUGCACCAUCAUCUGCUUUCCCAGGCGCAUUAUCAGGGAACUGGAUCAGAAACAGAGAACCACCACUUCAAUGCCAGUUUCCUAAGUGGCAACUUAACCCACUGUGUCACAAUACUGGUUCCAGGAAGAAUUGAUUUUUUUGGAUAUCUUAAAAUAUGUGAAUUAAAAUCCCUGUGGGAUCUUGGAAAUACUAUACAUUUUAAUACAUUCUAACCUAUCAGCAAUGACAUUAGUUUUAUCCCUGUGUAUUGACUUUGAUUUAGUAACAAGUUAUUGCAGUAGAACAGUAUUUAAGUUUCUAUGUACUUCUGCCUGUGUUAUCUUAAAAAUGGGUAUUUUCUAUGAGACAUGGUUGUAAAAAAAUAUAUUUCCUCUCAUACUUAUUCCUUAAGGGUUUUUUAAAGUAAGGGAUAGUUGUACUAUCUUAGCCUUUAUGUUUUUCACUUUUAUAGCAUUCCUAAAAGCUGGCUGCAUACAAAUGAGUUGAUAAUUAAACAUUUUUUCUAGAACUAAAGUAUACCUUUUACAUGCUUACUCUUUUACAAUAUCCUAAAUAAUUGCAUAUCCUUUUUCCCCUCCCCAAGUAAAUUCCUAAGGAAAUAAACUCAUUUCUCAAAGUAUUUUCUGCACUUUUAUCACACCAACCUGUACUUUGUGUCCAUACUGUGACUUAAAUCAUACUUCUUCAGGCAGAGUACUAGCAUGUGACAACUUACAGAACGCUCCAGAAAUGUUAUUCCCACCCCUUAAAGGUUGGUGUCUGGUCCUGGUACAGCUCUGGAGGUCCAUGUGGGUGAAAAGCCCAGAAGCAACCUGAGCUGGGAGCACUCCCAAGGAAUUUGGUUUUGUUUGGGUUUGUUCUAGGUAUGGUCCCAGGGAUCCCAGAUCAAACCAGGCCCCUGGGCCUAUCCUAGAACCAACCUAAACUCGCGCAUCAUUCCCGGAGCAUCGAGAGUGUGAAGACUGAAGAUGACCUGAGGCUGAGCAGACACCCUACGUUCACCAAGGUUCACAUUUGUGUGUGCGUGCCUACAUUUUUCACAAGAACUGGUUGGUUAACCCUUCAAAAUUAGUGGGAUGGCAUUUGGUAACAUGGUAAAUUUUUUUUAACUUUUUUUUUUAUUUGAUAGAUAGAGUUAGAUAGUGAGGGAGAGAGACAAAGAGAAAGGUCUGCCUUCUGUUGGUUCACCCCCCAAAUGGCCACCACGGCUGGAGCUAUACCGAUCCGAAGCCAGGAGCCAGGUGCUUCUUCCUGGUCUCCCAUGCAGGUGCAGGCGCCCAAGCACUUAGGCCAUCCUCCACUCCCUUCCCGGGCCCAGCAGAGAGCUGGACUAGAAAGGCAACUGGGACUAGAACCCGGCGCCCAUAUGGGAUGCUGGUGCCGCAGGUGGAGGAUUAACCAAGUGAGCCAUGGCGCCGGCCCCCAACAUGAUGAAUUCUUUCCUGCCUUUGGCAUUACAAUAAUUUCUUAUAACUGAAAUUCUCUAUGGUUCUAUUACUUGCCAGUGAGAAGAGUUGUUCUUGUAACUUUUAUGGUCAGAUAUCUAUUUUUAGUUGAAGCAACAUAGCCACAAAAACAGAAUAUCAGUCCCUCCUCCUCAAAAAGUUGUCCCCCAAAAUUAAUGGCUUUUAUUUUCCUAAACAUUUUCUACUCAUCAAAAUUAUAUCCACUUUAUAUAACUGAAUAAUUGAUCGUAGAUUUGAGGGGCAGUUGAUCUUUGCCCUCUGGAUCCAAUGCCAAGUGAUUUGAAAAUCUUGUUUCUGGAGACCAGUGCCUUUUUCUUCUCAUCUGUUUUUGAAUCUCACAUUUUAUAGUUCCAUUUAGAGAUUCUGUUCUGUUAAUGAAAAAUAAACCAGGAUUAUGUAGUGGAAUUGGUUAAUACUUGAUAUUUUCAUCAGUACUUUGCAAAUUUUUAGAAAGUUUAUUUUCCUUCCUGCUCUGUAUUUUUUAAAAUAUUCUGACUUAAUUGAGUCUUCACUCGGUUGCAUUAUCAUAACUGUGGUAUUGCUGGUAAUCACAUUAUAUUUUUCUGUUUAAUUUGGAAGAUAAGAUUCCUGAAAAGGCAUGAAAGGAACCCAGGUCCAAAAGAUAUGUUACACAGUGAGACUGUAUUCUUGUGGCUUUUGCAAUAGAUUUAGACCAAGUCUGAAAUAGUGACAUGUGUGAAAGGUGCUUAAAAUUAUGCUAUUCCUCCAAGCCUUACCACACACAACACUGGUUGUCCUUUAAAAUAGGCUGGAGUCUAGUGAAGUUCGGUCUGAAGAGUUUAACCAUGUGGUUACUCUGUACUAUGGAUGCUUUGUCCCAUAGAUUCUAUUAUUGUGUUCUAAGUCUGACUGUGUUUUCACUUCUCUCUGUGUUCUCCUUUCUGCAUAGUAUUUUCCUAUAUCAGUGCACUGAUCUGGAGCACAGUUCGUUUUCUUUCUUGACAUAGCCUGAAAUGGGUGACCUCAUCUUACUGUUAUAUACAGUAUGUGUUCUCAAUAUUUCGGGAUCUUUGCUCUCAAUUUUAACAUUGUUAAUUAUGAACACUGAAAAUAGGAAUUUGUGAACUGUUUAAAGAGUUAAGGCUUAUUCAUGUAAUAAGCUUUUAGAGUCAGCCUUCAGUUCAGAUACUUAGUGGAGUGUUAAGUUGUAUCUUUAAAAUUAUUAUUUGAGAAUAUUUUUGGAGAUAUUUUAAUUUUUUGACCACUUGUUUUAUAUAUUAGAACUAUACAUUGCCUACCCCGUCUGAAGACUUGAGAUUACAAACUUUUGAGAGAUGGGGGGAUCCUCUUUUUUUUCUUCCAGUUAUGAUCUUUUAAAAUUGUACAUAAGUUUUACCAUCUUGGCUAUUUUUAAAUGUACAGUACAGUAAGGUUAAGUAUAAACACAUUGUUAUUAAACAGAUCUUAAAACCUUUUACUUUGCAAAUCUGAUAUUCUGCACAAUUCCCCGUUUUUGUUCCUGAUAACUCCUUGAGAAGUGCCAGUCUACUUUGUUUCUAUGAAUCUGACUACUUUAGCUACUUCAUACAAGUGGAAUCAGACAGUAUUUGUCUUUUGGUAACUGGCUUAUUUCCCUUAGCAUAAUUCCUCAAGGUCCAUCAUGCUGGUUGGGACAAGACUUUCUUCCUUUUUAAGGCAGAAUGACACUGCAUAUAUUUUGUUGGUCCAUUCACCUGUCAGUGGACUUCAGGGUUGCUUCCUUCUCUUAGCUGUUAUGAAUAAUGCUGCUGUGAAUGUGGUGUGAAAAUAUCUAUAACAUUUUAAUGCAGUACUUUCUUUAACCACUUUCUGUAUUUUAUCACAAUGAAUUUUUUUGUCAACUACUUUAAAGGGUUUUACGAGAAUCCAACUAUAGGUUUGUAUAUGUCUAUAUCAUUGUUGCUGCCCCUAAGCUUAAAAAACUCUCUAAUAAACUUUUUAAUUCCUUA